AUUUUGAGUCCAAUCGAUGCCUUUGGAUGAUAUCGAUAAGCAGCUGAUCAUUGUCAGCUGCACUUGUUUUUGUUGAUUAAAUAACGGACAUGUUCGCUAACGGAGCCGGUAAACUAAAUUUUUGGCAAAGCCUAAUCGCAAUUUCCAAAAAUGUUAACCAAACUCGUUUAAAGUGCAGUCAGGUACCAACUGCUCUGCGACCAAAGAAGGCAAAAUCUACACGGAAAGAAGCACAAUACUUUUCCGAUGCCAAGAAAGUGCGAACUGUAGGCGGCAAAGGCGGGGAUGGAUGUGUAUCCUUUCUGCAGCUGUGGUGCAACGAACGUGCCGGUCCGGAUGGCGGAGAUGGUGGCAACGGUGGCCAUGUGAUAUUUCAGGCCUCCAACGAUGUGCGCAACUUUAACCAUGUAGACAGCGUGCUGCAUGCAGAGCCAGGAGAAGUUGGCAUGGCAAAGGAUUGUCAUGGAAAAAAUGCCAAACAUAUGGUGAUCAAAGUGCCCAUUGGAACGGUUAUUCGUAAUAACCAAGGUCUUAUUGUCGGGGAUCUUAGUAAAGCUGAUCUGAUGUUUGUAGCCGCACGCGGUGGAGCCGGUGGCAAGGGAAAUCGGUUCUUCACGACGGACAGAGAGACCAGUCCAAGGGUAUGUGAGUAUGGGCCAUCUGGAGAAGACGUUGGCUAUACCCUGGAACUGCGUAGUAUGGCUGAUGUGGGUCUGAUUGGAUAUCCGAAUGCCGGAAAGAGUACUCUGCUAAAUGCUCUCACCCGUGCCAAGCCCAAAGUUGCACCAUAUGCUUUUACCACGCUGCGUCCUCACCUGGGCACUGUUCAAUACGAUGACCACGUCCAGUUAACCAUUGCGGAUCUCCCGGGUCUUGUGCCAGAUGCACAUCGCAACAAAGGACUAGGCAUACAGUUCCUUAAACAUGCUGAACGCUGCACUCUGCUUCUUUUCGUUCUCGAUGCCAGUGCCCAGGAUCCUUGGCUUCAUUAUGGACAACUCAUGCAUGAGCUUCAGCAAUUCGGCGGAUGUUUAGCUCAGAGACCGCAAUUGAUAGUAGCCAAUAAAAUUGAUAUGGACGAGAGCAAGACUAACUAUGAAGAGCUGAAGCGAAGAUUAAAUCAGCCUAUUCUCGGGAUUAGCGCCAAAAUGGGCCACAAUCUGGCACAGCUUCUUCAAACCAUCAGAUCAAGUUAUAAUCUACAUAAAAAUAAAACCGCCUUGGAAAGUUAGAUUGCAAUAUUUUUGUACAAUUAUUAUUUAUGAUUUAAAUACACCUACUUUUAUACUUAAA